AAGUUUAAUUUUGUGGCUGUUCUGCUAAAUUAAGUGCCCCAGACUAAUUUGAAGCAUUUGUGGUCAGCAGGUAUCUCUGCCGGCUCUUCUCCGUCUCGGAGCUUCGGAAACAUCGCCACAAUGUCAGAUAAAACGGAGGUCAAACUAACCGGAGUCAAACAGAACCAAGGCGUGUGGCUUGUCAAGGUUCCCAAAUAUUUAUCUCAGCAAUGGGACAAGGCCACAGAAAAAGGAGAAGUUGGAAAGAUUACCAUUGGAAAGAAGCAAGGCAAAACAGAGGUAUGUUUCAGCCUGAAUGCAGAGCUCAGUGCCCUGGGCGCUGUGGGGGAGAAGGAUGGAUCGCUGCAGGUCCCGAGGGAUCAUCCCUUCACUAUGCACACCGUGGGUGGACAGACCAUGGCUGUCUUCAGCCAGAGUGACACAGAUGAAAUCAGUCUGGAGGGAAUGGUGGUGCACAGAGCUGAAUGCAGACCAGUCGUCAACGAAAACUACAUGAAGCUGAAGAAGCUGCAGAUUAAAGAGUCCACCAAGCCUCAGCGUUUGUCACAGCAGCUAGAGAGAGCCGUCACUACUGUCUACAAGCCUGUGGCCAACCACGAUUUCAAUUUGGAGCAUGAGCAGAAGAAGAAGUCAGAGGGGAAGAUGGUGAGAGCUGAGAGGCAGGUCGUGUUGGACAUGCUCUUUCUUGCCUUUGAGAAGUACCAGUAUUACAACAUUAAGGACCUAGUGGACAUCACCAAACAACCUGUGACCUACCUGAAAGAAAUAAUGAGGGAAAUUGGGACGUACAACAGCAAAGGAGCUCACAAAAGCACCUGGGAGCUGAAGCCAGAGUACCGCCACUACCAGUCUGCUGAGGAAGAGGAGCAGAUGGAGACGGCCUAGUUCCAGCAGGAGCCUCGGAGCCCGUUUGCCGAUGCUCAUCACAUCAUAUGAGAAAAGAGCACUUGAGCUUUCAGCUAGUUAGUUUGUAAGGAGUUUGGGUUUGUCUAUAGCAAUUUUCAAAUGGAGAUAAUCUUCAUUGGAUAUAUAUGUAGCAUGUGUUUUAGGUUUCUUGGAAGUUGAGGAAAUGAAUAACCAGUUGAAAACACAAGUAGUCAUUAAAAAUGUAGAAGGCUGAAGCACUGGUAUUCUGGUAUUUAGGUUUUUUUUGUAUCUAUUUGUGUGGCUGAACAGGCAGCUCUAACAGUAAUGUAACAUCGUGUUUUUGAAUUUGUCAAAGUUGCAUUUUUGUUUUACAACUUCUCCUGCCUGAAUCUAAAAAUGCAGUGUCCAUUAGAGAAUGGAUGGCAGUAGUGAGAAGUAGCUGCAGUUUAAUCAGUUAAAAGGUGGUAAAUAGCAAUUUAGUAUCAGGACAGAAGCUGUGGUCAACAGAAGAUUUUUCUUGGCUUGUUUGUUCAGCUAGUACAGGACAUGUAUGAGUAUGUCCUGUGUGAAUAGCACUGAUGUUUUUGUGUAUUUUGGAAAAUAAAAGACAUCCUCUCCUGACAGUAAAUUUCACCUGUAGUGAUGAAUCAGAGAAAAACAAAGAUUAAAGAGCAAAAAAAAAAAGUCCUGAAAACACAUUUUCAGUUUCAUGGUACACCUUUCUACUAGUGUUACUAUGGCAACUGUGGGGAGCAUUUAACUAUGUUUACAAUAAAUCAAAUGGGGGAGAAACCUGCUGCUGCUGCUGCUUUGAAAUUUAUAGCAUGUUGAGAGUCUGACCACACCCUCACCACCUGUGUGUCAGUGGCUGUCAAAGGGCAAACGUUUGACUGGGGUGUUGAACUUUUUAAAAAUUUUUUUUAUUUACUUGAUUUAACCAUAACACUUUUUAAAUGAAAGGGGUUAUAGUAGACAUCACAGACAGAUGUCAGGUCACAUCAGAAGACCCAUGUUCAUGUUUCUUCAUGUAACAUAAAUAAUUUGAGCUAUACCAGUAUAUCAGCCUGGUAACGAGAGCUGACACUCUCACCACUGUUCUCAGUUAAGGCUGCCUAGCUCCUCUCAGUCAUCCUCAGUAAUAUUCAUGGUGUUUCUCUUGCUUGCAGACAGACAGACAGGUCCGGUGCCUCAUGACUGUUGCAAAUAAACAAUGCAACAUGUCCUGCAGAAUCAGGUCUUUGUUUAAAUAUUAAUAAAUAAACUACUCCUUUAAAAUCAGCUGGACCAAUAAUUUUUCUCUGUGACCCAGAAUCCUUUUACAUUUUCUGAAGUAGGCGGCCUUCCUUUCUUGCUUAUGUCUGCCUACAAGAUUGAACAUUUAUCAUUUAGAGUUCCACAUAGAGCAUGCUUUUUCUUUCUUUCAAAAACUUUUUUUCCACAGAAAAUCUUCAGAAUUUUGAUAAAUGAACAGCACAACAACAUAGUUGUCAAAAGAUGUUGUCAAACUGAUGUUUGGCCAAUGACCAGUAUUUCAGUUUUAUCUCUAUCUCAGCAGCAGGAAGUUUUGAGGCAUUGAGCUUCUCGCAGCAGACAGACUUCUGAGAAAAGUUGUUUCUCACAGUCCAAUGUCCUAUGUAUGGAAGCCCUGAAAGGUAAGGGCAAAGAAAAAAAAUUCUGGUGAUACAUUUCCUAAGUCUGAUCCAAUUGCAUUUCCCCUUGUGUUUGUGAGUUACAAACAGGCGAAAGAUAUUGUUAGGAUUAUCUUUCUUAGAUUAAAGUUCUUACUUUUUUGUCAUCUGUGAAAAUAGGUGAAAAAAGUUUUGGUUUUAGGUGGGUUUUUUUUUGUUUGUUGUUGUAAUAAUCAUUUCAGCCACAAGAGGCUGAUAUGC